AUCUAAAUAAGGCCUGAGAGUCACAGGCAAGCAGGCAGGCGCUAGGAGGCUCUGUCAGCUUCUCUUUCCGCCAGCUGCUGACACCGCCCCUAGUUCCUGGGGAGUGUGAGUGUGCGUGUUCUCCUAUGCGUGCUGGGAUCCAGGUGGAGGGUGGGGUUCGAGCCCCUUUGAUCUGCCAGCCUGCUCGGGAGCAGGGGGACCCCAUUCCUGAGGAACUCUAUGAGAUGCUGAGUGACCAGUCCAUCCGCUCCUUCGAUGACCUCCAGCGCCUGCUGCACGGAGACUCCGUAGAUGAGGACAGGGUUGAACUGGACCUGAAUGUGACCCGGGCCCACUCAGGACGUGAAGCUGAAGGCUCAUCUCGUGGGAGGAGGAGCCUGGGUUCCCUGACAGUGGCCGAGCCGGCCAUGAUUGCUGAGUGCAAGACACGCACGGAGGUGUUCCAGAUCUCCCGGAACCUCAUCGACCGCUCCAAUGCCAACUUUCUGGUGUGGCCACCCUGCGUGGAGGUGCAGCGCUGCUCUGGCUGCUGCAACAACCGCAACGUGCAGUGCCGGCCCACACAGGUGCAGCUGCGGCCGGUGCAGGUAAGGAAGAUAGAGAUUGUGCGGGGGAAGCCAGCCUUUAAGAAGGCCACAGUGACCUUGGAAGACCACCUGGCCUGCAAGUGUGAGACGGUGGUGUCUGCCCAGCCUGUGACUCGAAGCCAGGGAAGUUCCCAGGAGCAUCGAGCCAGGACACCCCAGAGUCGGGUGGCCAUCCGGACAGUGCGAGUCCGCAGGCCCCCCAAGGGGAAGCACCGCAAGUUCAAGCACACACAUGACAAGGAGACGCUGAAAGAGACCCUUGGAGCGUAGGGGCUGCUGCAGGAGAAUGUGGGCAGGGUAUUUAAUAUGGUAUUUGCUGUAUUGCCCCCAUGGGGUCCUUGGAGUGAUAAUGUUGUUCCCCUCGUCCGUCCGUCUCGAUGCCUGAUUCGGACGGCCAAUGGUGCUCCCCCGCCCUCCACGCGUCCAUCCCCUCCACGCCUCCGUCUGUCCGUCCCCACCAGUGGCCUCCGGCGUUCUACCCUGCGGCCAGAGGAGGAAACAGGACUCGGAUCCAUCGCUGCCUCCUCCCUUGAACUGGAGAACGUGGACAGGAGCAGAGAGACCGCUGGGGAUGGGGCUCCCUCCCCCAUGCCUGGCUCCAGGAGAGCUGCUCCGAGGCCCCAGCCAGCUCCAGGGGACCCCUCCAGGGACGCUGGGGCCUCGGACAGUGGCUGAGACCACACGGGGAGCACAGACGGGGGAGCCCCAUCCACGACGCAGACGGCCGUCACCCUCCCGGUCAGCUCUGCUCACUGCGGGCGGCUUCGUUCAUUUGCUCUGUGUGAGAUCUUCGGAGAUGGACUCCCCGGGCCAGGGGCUGUGAGCCCCCUCCAGCAGGUUACAGAUGAAGUGUGCUCUUCGGGUGAAUGCAGAUGGCGACCUGGCUACCCGCUGCCUCCCCUGUCCACCCCAGUUCAUUUCCCCCUGUUUCCUUUCAUCUCUCUACCUCUACCCUGUAUCUCCCACUCAUCCUGGCCCUUCAGUCUGUUCCACCAGUGGGUGAUCGAGACGCCAGUCAUUCUUCCCUAGGACAGAAGACCGGGGGCCAGGGCAAAAGACCUGCUCGUCCUAUUCCAACCCAGCCAGGACUGCCAUGUAAGGUUGUGCAGAGUGUGGACUGCACAAGGGCAUUGCAUGCAGGGAGCGCGCUUCACACCCUACAUUGUGACCCAUUUGUCUAUUUAUUAUGACAGUUUCUGGCAGAUGUAGGUCAAGUGUCUGAGGAAAGGGAUCCUUUUCCUAAUUCACACCAAGGCUCCCUGUGGGCGGGCUGUGCCCCUGACACGGCUUGGAGUAGUCCGAAGGGAGGGAACCAGUGGUGUGCAGGCCCUUGCCCCCAUUCCCCAGGCCUCCGCUCCGGCUGUUCCAGGCAGAUGUGGGGAGGCCCUCCUGCCCUUCCCCGCACUCCCCCAUCUUGGGUUCUUGGAGGCCCACCUGGUGGCUCCGCCCAGGACCCCAGCAGGUGGUCGGCGUGGGGAGAAAAGGGAAAAGAGCCCCAGGACCCCUUGGGUGGGGGUCCGUGCUCCCCUUCCUACAGCACCUCCCCUCCCCCCUCCAAGAUCUGCUUCCUUCAGUUUGUAAAGUCGGUGAUUAUAUUUUUGGGGGCUUUCCUUUUAUUUUUUAAAUGUAAAAUUUAUUUAUAUUCCGUAUUUAAAGUUGUAAAAAAA